GGUUUUAGUUUUGAAACAGAUCACAGAACUUCCAAAAAUCAUCCAUUUGAUUUACUUAGAGUUUUGUGUGAAAAUUUUGUCACACAAGUCUCAACACUGUCUUGAAUUUGGGAACUGGAGUUGUUAUCUUUCAGUAUUGUGGUCUAGCAUAUUACUAGUAAAUUUUUAAUUCAUCUGUCUCACAAUGACUACCGCGGCUCGUCCUACGUUCAAUCCAGCUGUGGGGGGCUCACAACGAAAUGAAGGUGCUUUGGCAUAUCAGUCGCAGCAGUAUAGCUCUCAGGACCUUCCUGGCCAUAAGAAACUGAAACACAGACAGCCAGGCCAAGGGACAGUUGAUGACGUUCGCAAUCGCGAUUUUCGCACAGAACUCGAGCAACGCGAGUACAGACACAAAUCGUCCAAGCGAGGAGCCAUUGAUGAUGGAGCAUAUUCCUCAGCCCAGAGCAGUUCGGGCAGUGCCAAGAAGGCCCGAGUGGAAGCCAUUACCCCUGGAAAUCUUGAUGCUGAUGAACCUUUAGAUGACUCAGACAAAGACACCAGCGACGAGGAAGAUGAAGACGAUACUGCCGAACUCAUGGCGGAAUUGAAUCGUAUUAAGAAAGAAAGGGAAGCAGAACAGGUCAAAAAGGAUGAAUCAAGAAAAGUGGAAGAAGAGCGUAUACGCAUGGAGAAUCUACUACAUGGCAACCCUUUACUUACCAAGAAGGGCGGCGAUUUCACUGUGAAAAGAAGAUGGGAUGAUGAUGUAGUAUUCAAAAAUUGUGCAAAAGGUCAGGACGAAAGGAACAAACAGAAAAAUUUCAUCAAUGAUUCUCUACGAUCCGAAUUCCACAAGAAGUUCAUGGAUAAAUACAUAAAAUAAUGGCCUAUUAUUUCGGCAUUACGUUAUUUCUCGUUAGGUAAAGGUGAACGCUGAACAGUUGGAUGCUGGAAGAGCUUCAGUUUUACCUCGAUUUUGCUUUUAUUUCAAGAUGUACAUGUUCAACAUUUUCUCUUCUAGGAUUUUCUUGAUGUUUACAAAGCAUUCUCUCCGGGCAUAAAAAAGAUCACUAUAAUUCCAAAGAUUCGAGAAUAGCAGAGAUACCAAUCAAUAAAAAAG